CACUCCUCUCACAUUCACUCACAGCAGAAGCACCUCCGUCCCCCGCUGUUUGCACAUCAUACCAUAUCAUAAACCGCUACCAUUACUGCCAGCGAGCUAACAACAUACCCGUCAAAAACAGGACCUUACAGACGGCCGAGGGGUUGAUGGAGGGGCUACUGAGAGGUGUUUUGGAAGGACGCUAUGUUUCCCUGUGUCUCCUCCUGGCCCUCUUCUGAUCCCCCUGGUGCUCUGGGCCAUGCUCCACCCAUUCCCCCGGUACAGCCGCCCAAUCAGCCACUGCCUGACCUGCUGCGGAGCUGUGUUGUGCUCCCUUCCCCAUCCGCGCGCCUGAGCUCUUGUACCAGUGAGAUGGAGUCCAUGAUUGUGGUGACGGAGUACGAGCCCAGUGAUGGCUCAGGGCAGGAGGAGGAGGAGGAGGUGGAGGACAUGGACAGCUCGGAAACGCCGGAGCCGGCGUCGUCAGGUCCAGUCCCGCCCUUCCGCAUGGCCUCCUGUGAUCUUUUAUCCCACACGUUGGGCCGCCCGGAAGCGCUCUUCCCAGAACCACAGGAGCACAGAGGUAGACUGAGCCUCUCCGACAGGAAGCUGUCGCUACAGGAACGCUCGCAGACGCUUUCGUCGCCCUGUGGUUCGCCGGGGCUGAACGGACGCUAUAUUUACCCAUCACUGCCCUACUCGCCAAUCACCUCCCCUCACUCGUCUCCACGCCUCCCUCGAAGACCAACCGUAGAGUCUCAUCGUGUCUCCAUCACAGACCUGCAGGACUGCGUGCAGCUCAACCAGUACAAGCUGAAAGAUGAGAUCGGCAAGGGGUCCUAUGGAGUUGUCAAGCUGGCAUACAAUGAAGACGACAACAGGUACUAUGCCAUGAAAGUGCUGUCCAAGAAACGACUGAUGAGGCAGGCUGGGUUCCCGCGCAGACCUCCUCCUCGUGGGGCAAAAUUGGCCCCUGAGGGCCCCCCUCAGCCCAAAGGGCCUCUGGAGCGUGUUUACCAGGAGAUAGCCAUCCUCAAGAAGCUUGAUCACCCUAACGUGGUUAAGCUUGUGGAGGUGCUGGAUGAUCCAAGUGAAGACCAUCUGUACAUGGUUUUCGAGCUUGUCAAACGAGGAGCAGUGAUGGAGGUUCCUACUGAUAAGCCCCUGGAUGAGGACCAGGCACGCUUCUACUUCCAGGACUUGCUGAGAGGAAUUGAGUAUUUACAUUACCAGAAAAUCAUUCAUCGGGACAUCAAGCCUUCCAACCUGCUUGUGGGGGAAGAUGGCCAUGUUAAAAUCGCAGACUUUGGGGUCAGUAACCAGUUUGAGGGAGCAGACGCCCUCCUAACCAGCACAGUUGGGACGCCAGCGUUUCUCGCCCCAGAGACCCUCUCAGAGACCUGCAAGAACUUCUCUGGAAAGGCUCUGGAUGUGUGGGCGAUGGGAGUCACCUUAUACUGUUUCAUCUUUGGAGUGUGUCCGUUUAUGGAUGAGCGUAUUUUGAGCCUCCAUCAGAAGAUCAAGACCCAGCCGGUGGAGCUUCCUGAGAACGCGGACAUAUCAGAUGACUUAAAAGACCUUCUGUUUAAAAUGUUGGACAAGAAUCCUGAAACCAGAAUCACCGUCCCUCAAAUCAAGGUGCACCCAUGGGUGACGCGGCAUGGCGCUGAGCCCCUCCCACCUGAGGACGACAACUGCUGCAGCCUGAUAGAAGUGACAGAGGAGGAGGUGGAAAACUCUGUCAAGCACAUCCCCAGCCUGGCCACCGUGAUCUUGGUUAGGACUAUGCUGCGCAAGCGUUCUUUUGGGAACCCAUUUGAUUGGGGCCGCAGGGAAGACAGGAGUCCCGCCGCACAAGGACACACGCUAUCAAAAGGGAGAGCAGGGAGUUUGAAAUACUGCCGCAAUCUCAGUACCCCCAGGAAACAAGAGAGCGAGGAAGGAGUGCGGAGCAUGGACCUGCCCUUCGUGGGCGAGGAUGAAGUUCUUUCCUGAUAGUUGUGGGCGUUUUGCUCGGGCGAAAGGCACAAGGAUGGGGCUGUUGUUGCUGCCGGAAGGCCAGGAUAUGGACCUGGGGCUAGGGUGUGGAUAGGAUGAUGGAAGGAAAGAAGCUCGUGUGGGAUUGUUAAUGUGGAGGAUGCCCACCCACUCAUGCAUGCAUUUGUACAGUCCACUGCAGCAUGCACUGUAUCUGUCUGCCCAGGUCUCUGCUGUCUCUCAGGACCUGUUUUCUGUGUGCGCGUGUGUUUGUACUCUCCUCUCCAGCACGGAGACUCUGCUUUACUCCUCUACUUCAGCUAGGGGGCGCCACCGCGAGGCUAAUCCUGUUUUAUACAGUCUAUGGGCUAAACAGAAUUUAUUAGGGAAAGAUUUACAAUUUCUUAGGUUUGUCCAUCACUCAUUACUUAGAGAUAUGCUGCUUUGUGGCCGUUUUACAGAUCUUAUAGAUUAUUAGAACUGAAUUUAAACACAAUAAAAUCAAUUUAUCUCAGACUUUCAUCAGAAAUUAAUUUAUUCUCAAAAAUAAAUACAAAAAUCUUAAAAAUCAGGUUUGUUUGGUUUAAAUAAAAUAAAUAAAUAUAUAUGAAUAAAAAUCAAGGCAAAUAAAAUAAUAAAUAGCCUUUGCACAUUUACGGACAAUGACCUUUAAAUAGUUUUGAAUUCUUGUAUGAUGUAUAUUUCUUUCUUGUCUAUCACUCAUUAAUUUG